AUAAUAAAUAAAUAUACCUCCAUAUAAAUGCAUCUAGACUAGAGUUAAGGAAAAAGAAAAAGAAAAAGAAAGUAAAAGUCCAUAUAAUAAAUGCACAAACUAGAGUUACACUUAAUAGUAGGAAAAAAGAAAAAGAGAAAAUAAUGUGGUAAGUUAGUAAGUUACUAUAAGAAUGAAGAGUGAGAGAGGGUGUGUGUCCAUCUGAGAUUGUGAAGUGUGAAGUAGUAGGUGGGAGAAAAGGAGGAUGAAGACGACAAUGGAGGAAGAGAAGGAGAAAGUGAUACCCCUUCUCACCCCAUUCAACAUGGCAAAAUUUAAUCUAUCGCAUAGGAUUGUUCUGGCACCAUUAACAAGAACGAGAUCAUACAACUUCGUGGCACAGCCUCAUGCUGCUCUCUAUUAUUCUCAAAGAACAACCAAUGGUGGAUUUUUGAUUGGAGAAGCCUCUGGGGUAUCAGAAACUGCACAAGGGUACCCUAAUACUCCUGGCAUUUGGAGAAGAGAACAAGUGGAAGCAUGGAAACCAAUUGUGAAAGCCGUUCAUGAGAAAGGUGGAAUAUUCUUUUGCCAACUUUGGCACGCAGGAAGAGUCUCCCACUAUGUUUUCCAGCCAGAUGGGCAGGCCCCAAUUUCAAGUACAAACAAGCCAAUUCAGAAGGAAGGUAGCAGCACUAAGUACCCUUCUCCACGUCGUCUCACAGCAGAUGAAAUCCCUAUGAUUGUCAAUGACUUCAGAAUUGCAGCUAAAAAUGCCAUAGAAGCUGGUUUUGAUGGGGUGGAGAUACAUGGAGCCAAUGGAUACUUGCUUGAGCAGUUCCUAAAAGACAAAGUGAAUGACAGAGAUGAUGAGUACGGUGGUAGCUUAGAAAAUCGUUGUCGUUUCCCAUUGAUGGUUGUGAAGGCCGUAGCUGAUGAAAUUGGGCCUGACAAAGUUGGUGUUAGGCUUUCUCCUUUUGCUGAUUAUUGUGAUUGUGGAGAUUCCAACCCUCAAGAGUUGGGCAUUUACAUGGCCCAAUCUUUGAGCAAAUUGGGCAUUCUCUAUUGUCAUGUGAUUGAGCCCAGGAUGCUGACAAUGUUCGAAAAGCAUGAGACCAAUGAAUCCUUGUUACCCAUUCGAAAGGCCUUUAGUGGAACCUUCAUUGUUGCUGGUGGAUACAAUAGGAGUGAGGGAAACAAAGUGAUAGAGAAUGGUGGUGCAGAUUUGGUGGCUUAUGGACGCUUGUUUUUGGCUAAUCCUGAUUUGCCUAGAAGAUUUGAAUUGGAUGCUGAGUUGAACAAGCCUGAUAGAAGCACCUUUUAUUCCAAUGAUCCUGUUGUUGGAUACACAGAUUAUCCAUUUCUUGAAAAUUUAUACCUCAAAGGGCCCAAUAAGUUUUAGUUAGAUAUAACUCUUUUUUUUUGUAAUAAAGGAGUAUUUUGUAAAACACAGUUGUGUUAUAUCAAGCUCCAAGUGAUAUGCAAAUGAACUAGAACAAUUUCUUUCAA